AUGCUAUCUGAAGAGUGUAGUGCUGUUCUCCUCAACAAAUUGCCUCCAAAGUUGAAAGAUCCAAGGAGUUUUACAAUUCCUUGUGUUAUUACCAAUUUACGAUUUGAAAAAGUUUUGAUUGAUUUAGGUGCUAGUAUUAACUUAAUGCCAUUAUCUGUUUUUCAACAACUUGGUGUCGGAAAGAUGCAACCAACAUCAAUAAGCUUACAACUUGCAGAUCACUCCAUCAAAUUCCCACUUGGGAUUAUUGAAGAUAUUUUAAUAAAAGUGGAUCGAUUCUUGUUGUCAGCAGACUUUAUUAUCUUGAAUAUGGAAGAAGAUCGAGAUAUUCCCAUAAUUAUGGGAAGACCAUUCUUGGCCACUACUGGAACGAUAAUUGAUGUAAAAAAGGGGCUAUUGACAAUGAAUAUUGAAGGAGAAUCAGCGGAAUUUCAAAUAUUUGAAGCCAUGAAGAGACCAAUGGACAUAGAGGAAUGCAAUCGAUUGGACAUAAUCGAGCAGCUUAUGUAUAGCAAAUUCAUCACUAAAGCUAGGAAUGAUGAAUUAAAAACCAGUAUUGAGCAUCCUGAUUUGACUCGAGCUACAGCUGAUGAAGUGUCAAACGUGGUGGUUGUGCUAAAUUAUGCUCCGCCACUCAAAUGGAGACGAACUGCUUAA